UUGUUUGAGCCAAGGGAAACGAAUUCAACAUGAAAAAUUUUCUUUACUUGUGUCUCGCAGCCAGUGCUCUUGGAUUGUGUGUUUCACUAGCGACGGGCAAUAAGCAAGCUUUGAGCGCUGUCCAAGAACGAACAUACAGCAAUUUUACGUUGUUUCAGCCUAAUGUGCUGACACCAUUGGCCAACCCACCACUUCUUAGAGAUGCAACAUGUGGAAAGAAAAACCAACCGUUACUGGCGGGAAAGAUUGCCGGAGGAAAUGUGGCCACUCCUAAUGAAUACCCAUGGCAGGCAUUUUUGCAAAUUUCACAAGAUUGGCCUGUAUUAGAAGAGUACGUCUGCGGUGGCACCUUAAUCAGCAAUCAGUGGAUUUUAACCGCGGCCAACUGCCUUGAUGGGGCGUCGUUAAUCAAGGUCUAUCUUGGUGCUCACGAUAUAACUGCUACCAAUGAAUGGCAAAGAGUCAUGCUCACUACCACCGAUUACAAAAAGCAUCCCAGUUGGAAUGCUCAGACUCUGAAUGGUGACAUCGCCCUCAUCAAAUUGCCCGUCCCUGUCAACUUCACCUCUUACAUCAAACCGAUUUGUUUACCAUCUACCAACGAUCCUAACCAUAAUGGCGAUACUGUUUACCUUACUGGGUGGGGAAGAACUUCAGGCUCUGGAGCAGUGGGACCAUUGAGUCCAGUUUUACGAGAAACGACAACUACCGUCAUUAGCAAUUCCGAAUGUUAUGCAACCUAUGGGAAUGUCGUGACUGACAACAUUAUUUGCAGCAGUGGAGCUGGAGGUCGAGGAAUCUGUCCGAGUGAUAACGGUGGGCCUAUGGGGUACAUGAACGCUGAUGGAAGUUUUACUCAGAUUGGAGUUGCAUCUUUCUUUGCGGCGGCGGGAUGUGAAAACAGCCUGCCAUCUGGGUUCACUCGCAUUCGAAACUACGUAAAUUGGAUAACAGAAGAAACGAGUAUUCCUAUUCCGAAUUCGGCCAUACCAAUCGUUGAUUCAUCGUGUUUAACGUUAUUCCUUGUGAGCGUACUUUCCAUCCAAUGCUAUUUCUUUCACUAAUUGGGCAUAACACGCAAUCAAUGUGCAUUACCGUUCACACUUCGUUCUUUCACCGAAAGACUUGCAUCAGUUAAGAAAUGAAACAA